AUGGGAUCGCAACGCCAGCCUGUUCCCGGCGGGAUCUUUGCCAACGACUUAUACAAGCCCUCCAUCCGUUUCGAGGAGGAGGAGCGGCCACAGGUCGGACCAUCUAAUGAGGGCGCGGGGGCACGCCCCGCGACUCCCGACCCCAACCCAACAUCGGAAACGACGGGGACCCAGUGCCCGAACCCGCAUAGCCCCGACCCUCCUGAAAAGGGCUCGGGGGCUCGGGGGUCGGUGUCGCUCCUUUCCGAUGCCGAAGUCAUGGAGCUGGAUGAGGAGCAGGUCCCAGCUCCCGACCCCGCAGGAGACUGGAGGGAGCCCUACAUCAACUAUCUCCUCCAGGACAUGCUCCCCGCCGACAGGACGGAGGCCCGCCGGCUCGCCCGGCGCGGCAAAUCAUACGUCCUGGUCGACGGGGAUCUUUACAAGCGGAGCCACACGAGGAUUCUGCAGUGCUGCAUCCCCAUUGAGCGGGGGAGACAACUGCUAAUCGACAUCCACAGCGAAGUCUGCGGACACCACGCCGCUCCAAGGACCCUGGUUGGGAACGUGUUCCGCUAG